CCGCGAAGUACGGUGGCCCGGAGGGCGCUUUUGUGGGUUAGGAUGGUGGUGGCCAGGCUGAGUCUCCCAAGCCAGAUUCCUGGCAGGUAACUGGGAGCGGCCGCGGAGCUCGGCGGCGGGGGAGGAAUGUGUGCCGCCGACUGAAAGGCAGGUCAGAGGGUCUAAGGUUGGGGUGGCAGCAGUCCGCAGGAAGCGAGGAGAGGGGCACCCUGUGUCGCCGCCCCUCCUCAGCGCUUUUCAGAGGCGGGUGCCGGGUCUAUGGCUCGUCUUUCGGUCCCUGAGGCCCCUUUACCGACCAGGCUGGGUUUGCCUCGUCCGGAGAGGAGAAGAGGACUCUCUUUGGAACGGUGGUAACGCUGCAAGAGCUUUCCUGCGAGGAUAGCGACCCUCACGGAUUUCUGACAAUGGAGGGGAAAGGAGAAUGGAAAAUAAUGCGAGAUGGACGGGUUUAUUGAGUGCGUGUAUUCAUUUAGAAAGUGUUAACUGGCUAGACACGGUUCUAGCCGGUAGGGAGACAACAGUGAACAAGAGGUGCGAUCACCUGUCCUCGUGGAGCUUUCGCUUUAAAAUAGGAGACAGAUAAACACAAAAUUAUCACAAAGGUAUAGGUUAUAUAAAGAAAGUGAAGCAAAUAAUGGGAUCGAGUUUGACUAGGAUGUGAUGACUAUCUUAGAUAAGUAGUCAGGAAAGGUCUCUGAGGAAGUGAUAUUUGAGCUGAGAUCUGAAUGAGGAGGGGCCAACCGUGCCAAGAUCUGGGGCGAUGGGGUGGGGAUAAUUUUGAAGGCAGGUGGAAUCAACAGUACAAAGGCUCUGAUGCUGGAAUAAUCUUUGCUGUUUAACAGCAACCGCAAGAAAGAAGACCCCCGUACUUGAGCAGAGUUUCUUUGGCCAGCAUCAGUACUUGAAAAGACAUUGUCAUGAAGAAAGAUUGAUGCUUAGUCACAGAAGAACCAGCCUAGCAUCUGUCCUCUUCAUUCAUUUGGUGCGUGUGAAGGGAAGGAAAAAUUCUUCCUCCAUCCUUCAAGCUUCAAGGCCUUCCAGCAGGACUAAGAAUUAAAUUUACAUGAGAUGGAUUAACAGAAAAAAAGUUUUAUGAUGUGUGCACAGAGGCCCAAUAAUGACCGGGACGCCUAAAGAAAUGACCAAGAUAAGCGGUUUUUAUAGUUUUUAGACAAAGAGACAAUAAAUCUGUGAGGAAUUAACAGGACAGAGAAAACUUAACUUCGGGAGCUUUUAUUAGUAAGGAAUUGUAAAGAGAAUUUGGGCUGGGGGAAUAAAUUAGUAAAAAGUCACAAGGGUUGUUAUACAGCCUUCUUGGCUCUAAAUUCCCUAUCUCUAGAGGUAAGGGCAUCUCUACCUCCUGAUACAGGGAGGACACCUCUCAUGGGAGAUUUAUUUCCUGCUUUGGCAGGAACAGCGGAGGAGGGUCUGAGCGUUCUUGACAGGCCAUCUCUUAAGUAACUUUUAUUUGAAAUAAUCAAUGUGCCAAAGUGGCACCUUUCGGGGCAGCCUGUCCUUGGCCCUGCUACACCUGCCUGGCAUGUGUGGGCCCCCGUUGAUGCUUUUGUUUUUUCCUCUGUCUAUAAAGAGUCAUUUUGAAAAUGUCUCUCCUUGAUUGAAAGUUUAUAACUUUUAGAUCUGAUCUCUCGCAACCACGCUUACCAGAGAACCUGGGUCCCACUGUGACAGAAAAUAGCCCAUAUCCCCCCCGAAAUGCUCACUUGCUCAUUUGUUUGUUUAUUUAUUCAUUUACUGGUAUCCACUUCAGUUUUGAGUGCUGAAAUGGCCCUUUUCCUAGGUCAAAAAUGGUUGAUUAGCAGCAAUCUUAUUCUCAUUCAUGGUAAAAAUUCAAGAACUUAUAAGAUAUAUAGAAAUAUUAUUGGAAGUGUUUUUACUGUUGUAGCAUUGAAAUAAAAAUAAUUUCUUUUGUGGCUAAAAAUUAUAAUACACUCACACAUGUGCUAUUAGUUAAAACCUAAAAUAAUCUAUUGUCAUAGGAUAUUUGACAUACAAAAGUGUCAGUAGUUUAUGUCAACUUCAGUAAAAGAUGUUAUUGGUUUUAUUGGGAAGAAAUGUUACUAUCAUAACUAAAAUAUAAAGUAAAGUACAAUGGAAAUGGACUUUGAAGUAGAAUAUGAAAACUAGUUUCUGAUUUGUGGCAGACGGAACUCACCAGACAAUUAAGAAGAUAAGUUUAUUCAGGCUAUUGCAAAAGGGAGAAUGUUCAUUAAUAGAAUACCUCUCAAAGAAGAAGGAGAGAGUGUGAGUUUUUAUGAAACAAGGGAGUCAAUGAGGAAGCAUGGAGGGGAGUCCUAUCUGGGAUUGUGGUUUCACUGAAGAACCCUCUUAGAGAUUCAUCGCAUUUCUAAGAUUAAUAUUUACAGUUUGGAGUCGUCAGCUUUCUCAUGAGAUGUAUUUUGGCAGCCAAAAUGAAAGCUUUUUUUGAAGUGUUAGAACAAUUCUACAAGAAGGUACUUCUGGGAGCCACACUUGAAAAUGAGAGCCAGGAAUACAUCUUUUAUCUCAACCCAGCAGUUUUAGCUCAGGAUUGCUCUACAGCCGCUUCUCCAGAAUGCUCGAACCGCCGUGGUGUCCAAGGCAGGCACCAGCCACCCAGCACCACGUUGGGUACCAUUUCCGUAGUGUCUGUGUGUUUGAAGAGACACUCUCCGACGUGCAGCGCCCGAGAAAUCAUGCUCCUUCAGUUAACAGUAAUCAAAGUGAUGAUAACCAGAAUAUUGUCUGUUGAAACUGACUUCCACGCAAAGGAAAAGUACAGAGAUAUAAUUACAAUUCUUUUAAAAUCCUCUGACAUCGAUUCAACCUUAACCUGUAUGUUCCAAAACUCGGAUAAAUUGUUAUGUCACAUGGCUGCCAAGUGCCUUGCACUACUUCUGUAUUUCCAAAUGAGAGAAGAGAUAGCAUUAAGUAAUUCCUGGAUUGCUUUUUGCCAGACAAAUCUUUCUGAAUACCCUGAAAAUGAGAAAGCAGUGUACUGCCUCUGGACCCUUACUUUUAUAAUAAAGGAAAUCUUUAAAGACACAUGUUCACAAAAAACAGAAAUUUUAAAGCAGUUCCUGACUCUUUUUGACACUGCUUUUGAAGUUUUUUACAAUUCCUUAUUUUCUCAGCAUUUUGAAAGCUGCCAAGAUACCUCUAAAAUAAUAAACAGCUUGAUAUGUUCCCUGGAAUUGCUUGAACUUCUUAUAGCUUCCAGAGUCCAUCUGAAGCUACAUUUCACUUGCCAGAGGAUUUUAUUUUUGAAACCCUCUUGUGUGCUGGGUGUUAUUACCUGGCCCGUUCAGGCUUUUGUCAAAAGGAGGUUCAUCAUAUUCAUCAAAAAGUGCCUUCUCUGGAAAGUGGGUGAAGAUCUGUGUCGGGGAUCUGACCCUGCCCUGAUGCCACCAGAUCAGCAUUUAGGUGUAGACAUGUUGGCUUUAGCUGAUGCUGUUUUGCAAGCUGUGGAUUUGGGCUUAUUGAGGACAUUGUCUGUCCACGGAAAACCUCCCUUCUUCGGUGGAGAUGAAGUUCAACCUGCACAUGAGCAUGUCCCUGGUCCAGAUCAUGUAAUCCUCAGAGCAGCAAGCCUACUUAUCAUUAAAUCCUUAGAAAUCAAGUUUCAAAACUGUGCUUCAGCAAAUGAAAUGAAAGUUGGUUUACAGAAUUUCAUGGCUGAGUUACUGACCUUCUUAAAGCCUCACCUUCAGCCCUCCCUUCAGCCACACAAUGCCUGUGAGUGGAUCUCCAGGGUCUUCAUAGAACAAGACGAUGACAUGGUGGAAGCUGCCAGAGCAUCAUUGGGCAUCUACCUAACGUUGAUCAGAGAAUGUAAAGCUGCUGAAAGCUUGACCCAAGAAAAAGAAAUGUGCAACCAUCACACACAUGAAUAUGGCUAUAAUCCACACUGCGUCUUCUUAUUCUUACUAAAAAAUAUAGGAUUUGAUGCUUCAGUUCUUCUUGACUUUUUGAUUUCAUCGGAAACCUGUUUCCUUGAAUAUUUUGUUAAAUAUUUAAAGUUACUACAAAAAGACUGGACUGACUUUUUCACGAUCUGCAAGUAUUUUGAUGUAACCAAAUCUAAAGACAACAUAAAUGUCUGUGCUUGUAGCCCCUCACUUGUCCAAGACACGAGCAGCAACCAAACAGAACUGAGACCUUCGGCUGCUCUUGGUAAUCACAGAAAUGCCCAUGCUUCCGGCUCCUGGGUUUCUGAUGCCUCUUCCAAACCUCUGAACCAACUUGUGAUGCCCAAGGAGACCCCCGCCACGCUCCUGGCUGAUAGCCCGUCUCCCCCACGAGCUUCUCAAAGUCUGGUAGAUUAUGACAGCUCUGAUGAUUCUGAGGUAGAAGGCACAGACCGGUGUUCAGCAAACAGUAAACAAGUAUCUUUACACCAAGAAGCAGUGAAGAAGUUUCAGGACACAGUUGGAACAAGUGGGGAUGAAAAAGAAGUGAGCCUCGAGCCUCAGUCAAGGCCUCUGGUUCCCAAACAAUCUAAUAUUCUCUUCUCCGUUGAUUGGGAUACAGUCCCGAAUAACGUCUCUGAAGUGGGACUGUCUUCCAAAACACUGAAGUGCUUUGAGGAGCUACAAAGUGCUGUUUACCGCUUGCAGAAGAAAAAUCUUUUCCCGUAUAAUCCCACAGCACUUUUAAAGUUGUUAAAACGUAUCGGGGCAAUAUAUAAUGAGAGUAUGAACGCCUUGUAAAACGGUAGCACUUUAUUUCCAGGAGCUGUUUUUCCCUAAUGUAAAUUGUGCCUUAAUGAGAUAAUAGUAAAAAAACAACAAACAAAAAACCAAAA